AUGGAUGACCCGGCGAGCCGUUUGCCUGGGCAAUUGCUGCCUCAUAUGCAUCUAAUUUCUCACAACCGCUAUCCGAAUAUGCACAUGAUGCCCGCCGAGACCGCCGUGGAAUACUUGACUAGCGCACCCCGAGUCUGCCAGCAGAAGCCUGUGCACUGGACUCUUCUGGAUGGUCCUGCUGAUGGUAGUGUGAUGCUUACCUGGCAGCCGAUGGCGCAUUUGGGCAAUAACUUUGCGAGUGACGGUUAUGUCUGGGCCGAUGCUGAACAGGCCUUUAGCUUUGAAUCGCGAGGCUAUACCGUCGAGAUGUUUGUGCACCGCAGUGGAUAUCACCCCCCACAUGAGAAUAUGGCCUCUCACACCCGAAAGCGCUAUCGCCUUGUUUCUUCUAAAAUCCCGAACGGUCCUCAGCCCGACCCUGCAUUGUGGAUCGUUCACUAUUCACGAGCUCCCCCAAAUGACCAUAUCUCCGCCACCCGUAUUCCAGUGACACCCCAAGUGCAAAGUAUGAUGAACCAGCGACGCUUCUUGCAAACUCAAGGUCAACUGAGUCGCAAGGAAUUCAUGCUCCACGACCGCAACAGCUGGCCGACAAUUCCUUUCCCUCAACAAAUCUCUGCGCAAGGCUUCCCUCAACCCCCGCCUGCUUACGCAAACCCUGCUGCACAGGCCCGACCUGGAUUUUACCCACCUCAGGGCCAUCCCGCCGCCGCCGCCGCUGCCGCUGCCGCUCACCCAUCAAGCAAAGCCCAGCGUUCACACCGUGCCUCUUCCGCUGCCAUGGCUGCCAAUAGCACUGAUUUUGCCCUCGAGGAUGAGGAUGUAUCAAGCGGUGACAUAAUUGAUCAGUUCGGCGUGCGCGAUAUCAGCAGAAUCCGCUAUACCCAUAACCACGAAAUGAUGGAUGAGAUCUUCGCAUCACCUGUUGCUAUUUCGCAAAUCCAACCAGUCUCACUUGGAUUAGGACUGAAAGGAGAGCUUGAGAGUUUGACAACAGGGUUCUUUGACGCUCCAGAUGGUAGAGAAGGUCAAGACAGCGACGCCCCAGUAGCAUCCAAGUUGGGACCUGCUAAAGCAGAAGAGUUUGCGAACCGGGUCGCCAAGCAAGUGGCCGACACAAGUGCUGAGAUUGAGAAUCUGAAGAAGAAGCAUGCGCGUCGAAUGGAGCAGUUCAAACGUAGCUCACUUUUCAAAGAUGCUGAACUGCGCCUUCGAGAGGCGGCUGCUGACCCUACUGAAACGGGUUCCGAAGUGUGGAGAUUGGAGGGCCGAAUUGUCAUCCCCUCGGAGGAUGAUGAAGCACCACCUACGGAAUAUGUUGAAGAAAAGGCGAAAUACAGAGUGGAUGAUGUGGUACGCGAUGUCGAGUCUGCAUGGAAGAAACAGAUCAUGCCCGAGCCCAAGGUCUCCUGUGUGGAGAAGGGUGGUCUCCUGGAAAAGAUUGAGCCAGAACACAAGGAUGAGCCCGAAUCCUUCGCCAACGACAUGGUUAUGGAUCAUGCCGACAAUCUCUUGAACCAGUUCAGCAACACAGAGAAUGGAGCUCCUGCACCCUCCGUGUCAGGUGCUAAUAUCCCAGGCGAUGUCGAUAUGGAUCUUGGCGAUCACCUCGGCGGUGCCAAUGGUGAAAACAAUGACUGGGUAAUGGUUAAUAAUGAAACCAAGGAUACCGCUGGUGGGGAUUCGAGCUUGGAAGGGGCUGCAUUUGAUUUUACCAACAUCGACAGUGCAGGUGAUGCGCUGGCCGCCUACUCCGAACAGCAUGACGACCUUGACCUCCCUGAUCUUGACAACUCGGCAUUUGGAGAUGCCUUCCACGCCUCGGAUAAUGAACACUCGCACCACCAAGAUGCCGAUGAGAUGUCGUAG